AUGUCCUCUUUGACUAGACUGAAUGCAUUACCUUCAAGUUUAACUUUAAGUUCAUUUCCUCUCAAAAAUAUAGAAGUGCAUAUUAUCGAUGAUGAAGAAUAUGUUUCACUUUUAACAUUCCACCAACGUUCUUUAGAAAAUCUAGAAUCAGACCUUGAGGAUGAGGAAGAGAACACCACAAGUGUUCAUAGAGAUAGACACAGAGCAACGGUACAAUUACCACCACCUCCUUAUAAUUUUGAUUAUUUCAUUCAUCUAAGACCACUGCAUUGCGCCUUUGUAAAUUUGCUGCCACAAUACAAAGCCAACUUUUCAAAACCAAUCAAUCUUUUUCUUCUUUUUUUUAUGAACAAUAUUUUAGAUACAAUAGUUGCAAAUAUGAAUUUGUAUUCACUAUCAAAAAAUGCUGAUGGACUUUUCAAUUCACCUUCUCUCAAUCAAUACUGGAAUGAAAAUACAAAACUUCCAAUCCAUAAUAUUUCGAAGCAAAUGUUAUUGUUUCAUUUUGAACAAAUCAAAAGAUAUUUGCAUGUUUCUUCUCCUAUAGCUAUAAUCAACAAUUACUUCGAAAAACUAGAGCCAUUACUCUCAAAAAUUCGUGAUGUAUCAAAACAACUCUAUACCCCAAGUUCGAAUGUUUCAGUGGAUGAAAUGAUAGUACGAUUUUCUGGAAGGAGUGUUUAUAUGGUUAGGAUAAAGAAUAAACCAACUCCCAAGAGUUUCAAGAUUUUAUCACUUUGCAAAUCAGGAUAUAUAUACAUUUUCUUGCCAAUAUUGCACAUCUCUUCAAGUGGUGUGCCAAAAGUGAAUGGCCUUAAUCAAGUUGGGUGUCUUGUUUACCAUCUCGUUAUGCAACUUCCUUAUUACCAAUCUUCAUUCAAUGUCUAUAUGGAUAAUUAUUUUUCUAAUGUUCCUCUAUUUCAAAAUCUUCGGCAAUUAGGUAUCGGUACUUGUGGAACUGUCUGUAAAACAGCUUUAGGAUUUUUAAAAGAGUUGAGAAUAGAAAAAAAUGUUAAACUUGAUUGGAACAUUCGUUCCGGUGUCAUAGUAAAUAGUGUAUUAUUAGUUUUUUGA